CGUAAGUCUGCAGACGCACAUCGCUCCUUGGCGCACACCGCCACCAUCCAUCGCACUCUCGACCAUGUUGAUUAGGAUACGAUCCAAGGAUGGCAACUUUCGCUUCGAUCUUGCGCCUACUGCCGACAUAUCGGAGCUGGUAGCCAAGAUUCUUGAAACCACUAGCAAUGCCGACCCGGCCACUGUUGCAAUCUCUAACCGUCCGCGAGGCAACGAGACAUUGGUGUCGACGAUCGCCGGAAACUUGCAGACAUUGGGUCUCUCGCAUGGAGAUCUCGUCUUCGUUUCAUACGGAACUCGAGAAGGCAAUGCACCGGCGGAGGUAGCAGUUGCAGAGUCGUCCCAGAAAGCACAGACGAGCAGUGCCGCGCCAAAGCGUCCUUGGGAGGCUGUCCAGGAAGACCCGGUAGACACGUACUGGCGGUCGAAGGAUGGCAAGAUUCCGCGGGGGCGCGACUCGCGCUUCUGCAAGCAUGGUGCAGCGGGUAUGUGCGAGUAUUGCAUGCCCCUCGAGCCAUACGACGUUGCGUAUCACGCGGAGCACAACAUCAAGCACCUUUCCUACCAUGCCUACAUUCGCAAACUAACGCCGAAGGUCUCUGCCGCAACAUCAUCCACCGCCCUGCUGCCCCCAUUGUCGGAGUUGUCUUACAAGGUCAGGGUUCCAUGUCCAAGCGGCAGUCACCAGCCGUGGCCCGCGUCAAUCUGCACGGCGUGCCAGCCGUCCGCAAUUACGCUGCAGAGCCAGCCCUUCCGGAUGGUUGAUCACCUCGAGAUCGCAUCCACGCACAUUGUAGAACGGUUUCUGCACUCAUGGCGGCUGACGGGCACGCAGCGAUUCGGGUGGCUGAUCGGACACUAUGAGCCAUAUGAGGAGGUGCCGAUGGGCGUGAAGGCGGUGGUGGAGGCGAUCCACGAACCUCCGCAGGAGGGCGAGCUUGACGGACUAUCGCUCGGGCUACCAUGGGAAGACGAACUGCGGAUCAAGGAACUCGCUCGUGCCUCCGCAAAGCCUCUACAGGUUGUGGGGUACAUCUUCACUGACCUCGAGCCGGAGGAGGAAGACCGGACGCGCACAAGGUACAAGCGGCAUCCGCAGUCGUUCUAUCUCUCCUCGCUCGAAACGAUCUUCGCUGCGCAUGUGCAAAACACGAACCCGACGCCAUCGAAGUCGUCAGCUACGGGCCUCUUCGGCUCGCGCCUGGUCACAGCUGUGCUCACCGGCACGGCAGAUGGUGGGAUCGACGUGUCUGCGUACCAGGUGUCGGAGCAGGCGUGUGCAAUGGUGGAGGCGGACAUGAUUGAGGCGAGCGUGGAUCCCGGGAUAGUGCGUGUGAAGGAAGAGGACCGGAGCCAGGAUUCGGCGCGGUACGUGCCUGACGUAUUCUUCCGGUAUAAGAACGAGUACGGCCUCGACGUGCAGAAGAGCGCGAAGCCAAGCUUCCCGGUUGAGUACCUCCUAGUGAACGUCUCGAACGGUUUCCCGCAGAACCCGUCACCGGUUUUCCGCUCAGCCGCGUUCGCCAUCGAGAAUCGCCCCGGUCUGGAAGACCAGACUAUCGAAAGGGUGCUGCACAAACUCGCGGAGCUGCACGCGCCCGACAUCCCAGAGAGCGCACGUGGCGGCGACCAACGGCAGCGUGCUGUGUUGGCAGAGUGGUUGAGCGAUUGGCACCUCAUUGCCUUCCUCGGAACGUCACAGCUGAUAUCUACCGAUGACAUGAACGUGCUGAUACGGACGGCAACGUCGCCAAACCUGGACGAUCCGACUGUCCUGGACGCGCUCAUCCGCACAGAAGGCUGGCAGACACUUAUGACCUUCACGCGCGAGACAAUACCUGCACGCCCCGCGACAUCUGCGCCCUCUGGAUCGACACAUACCCCUAUGGACGAAGACAUUCCUCCGGAUGUAUUCGAUCAGAUCGCUCGACAGUCUGGCGGGCAGGGCGAUGGCUUCGGCUCAGCGGGCGGCGGUGAGCGUGUCUGUCCGCACUGCACAUUCGUGAACACCCACGGGGGAAGCGACUGUGAGAUAUGCUCUUUGCCGCUGGAAGGAUGAAGGACUAGAAGAAGACACAAUUUGUACGUUAGGUAUGCGUAUGUAGAAUGGUAUACUGCGGACAUGCUACGUGACGGUGCCGAUGAUGAGAUCUUUGACGGCGCCGAGGCUUGGAAUCGAGAAAGUUACAGCGCACUAGUCUCGCGUUCCUCCCUCUCGUCCUGCCAACUGGUGCAGAAUGCGCAUCUCUUUGCCUGCGCGGGGUUCAGUGUCUGCAAAGGG